AAUGUAUGUUUAAUCUCAACAGACAGGUAGAUAGAGAAAUUAUGUCUUUGUUCAUAUAAAGGUGCAUUCACAUGUGCAUCAUAAAACAUGGUAGUAUUACUAUAGAUUUGUACAUAUUAUGGGAUGCAUGUGAGUGAAUAUGUAUUUAUGGUCAUUCAUGUAAGAUGCAAAAGAUGCAACGUGCAGUUGCAUUUGCAUUGUUUUCACUGCAUACAUGUUUCGCAUUUAAUUGUCAAUGUGCUUGCAAGUGUUCAAUAAUAGAUCUGACUAUAUUUGUGCAUAAUAAGGUGCAGGCUUGCAUCUGGCUGCUUGCAAGACUUCUGUGUGUCUUUGCUACUUCUGAUGGUAUCAUGCUAACAGCUCACAGCCCAGUCACCUCUCUCCUGCUGCUAGCCUGCUGUUCUGUCCUCUGCUCCUCUGUAGGGCCUCCUGUGCUGUCUUCCUAUGCCAAGACAGAGGACAAGCUUUUUAAAUAUCUCUUCAGCAACUACCAGAAAUGGGUGAGACCAGUGGAGGAUCUGAACGGAACAGUGCAGGUGAAAUUUGGACUGGCUAUUUCUCAGCUGGUUGAUGUGGAUGAGAAGAACCAGCUGAUGACCACCAAUGUGUGGAUGAAACAGGAGUGGAAAGACAUGAAGCUCCAGUGGAAUCCAGUUCAUUAUUUGGGCAUCACCUCCAUCAGAGUCCCCUCAGACUCCAUCUGGAUUCCUGACAUUGUGCUCUAUGACAACGCAGAUGGUAAUUUUGAGGCCACGGUGACAAAAGCAGUGGUGAGGUAUGAUGGCACGAUCUCCUGGACUCCUCCUGCAAACUAUAAAUCAGCCUGUACCAUCGAUGUAACUUUCUUCCCAUUUGACCUUCAGAACUGCUCCAUGAAGUUUGGCUCCUGGACCUAUGAUGGUUCCCACGUGGAUAUUCUCCUUGAGGACAUGCAAGUAGAUAAACAUGACUAUUUUGACAACGGCGAGUGGGAGAUUGUAAAGGCCACUGGCAGCAGAGGCUUGAGAACCGAUGGGACUUUUUUCUAUCCCUCCAUCACCUACUCCUUUAUCAUUCGCCGUCUUCCUCUCUUCUACACACUCUUCUUCAUCAUCCCCUGCAUUGGUCUAUCUUUCCUGACUGUGCUGGUGUUUUAUCUUCCAUCAAAUGGAGGGGAAAAGAUCUGCCUCUGUACGUCUGUCCUCGUCUCUCUUACAGUCUUCCUUCUGGUGAUAAAAGAGAUAAUUCCUUCUUCCUCAAAGGUGAUUCCUCUCAUUGGAGAGUAUUUGGUCUUCACCAUGAUCUUUGUGACACUUUCAAUUGUCAUCACUGUCUUUGCCAUCAACAUCCACCAUUGUUCCUCAUCUAUGCAUCACAGCAUGGGACCGUGGGUACGCCGCAUCUUUCUGCACCACCUGCCUAAAUUUCUCUGCAUGCACAGCCAUGUGGAUCGCUAUGCCACCACUGUGGGGAGCCAGAAAACAGACAGGAUCAGCAGAGCAGGGCUGGGUUAUGGAAAGAGUUUGGGCCAGGAUAACACUCCUCUGCUCAAUGCAGAAAAUAGUCUACAGGCAGCUUUGGAAUCUAUACAUUAUAUCACUCAUCAUGUUGUGAAGGAAAAUGAAGUCAGAGAGGUGGUACAGGACUGGAAGUUUGUGGCCCAGGUUCUGGACCGGGUUUUCCUGUGGGCAUUCCUCUUGGUAUCAGUGCUCGGUUCUGCUCUACUUUUCAUUCCGGUCAUCUAUAAAUGGGCCAAUAUCAUUGUUCCCAACUAUGCUGGAAGUACCAGCUAAAACACC